UUCGUGAACAGAUCUUUGGUUCAAGAGCUUCUUGUAGACAGAUCUUUGGUUCAAGAGCUUCUUGUUGACAGAGCUUUGGUUCAAGAGCUUCUUGUAGACAGAUCUUUGGUUCAGGAGGUUUUCGUAGACAGAUCUUUAGUUCAGGAGCUUCUUGUAGACAGAUCUUUGGUACAAGAGCUUCUUGUUGACAGAUCUUUGCUUCAGGAGUUUCUCGUAAACUAAUCAUUUGGUUCAGGAGCCUCACUUUUUUUUUUUUACUUUUCCAAAAGCUGUUAAAGUGUUAAAGUAGUCAGAGGUCUCGGGAGUCACGUUUUCUGUUUUCCAUCUCAGUCCGAGAGGUCCUGAUGUUGGAGCUUCAGUCCAGGAUGAACUCCUCGGAGAGCUCGGCAGAGGAGCUCAGGAAGAGGAACUCAGCUCUGGCGUCGGAGCUGCCUUUCCUGAGGACCAGACUGAGAGCGAGCGAGAGCACGGUGGAGCAGCUGAGGAGGAAGAACACAGUUCUGGCGUCCCGGCUGUGCGGCACGGAGACGCUGUUGGAGGAGCUGCGAGGUCAGAUGACAGAGUUCAUGACCUCCAACAGCUCCUCCAUGGUGAUGAUCCCCGACGCCGCCGCUCUGCAGAACCUUCUGGACGGACGUCUGGAGAAGCUGCAGGCCCGCACUGAAGACCAGUUUUCUGAGAUGAGACUCGAGCUGAACUCCAGUCAGAUCCUCCUGGAUCAGCUGAGGAGGGGCGUGGCUGCUCAGGCUGCGUCCGUCACUCAGCUGCAGGUCAGGAUGAACGAAGCAGAAGAGCUGGAGGACGUUCACACUGAGACGGCAGAUGAGAUGUCUCUGAUGGAUCUCUGGAGGAAACUGAACAGAAGUGAGAGUCUGCAGGAUCAGGUGAACACAGAGAUGGAAGAAAGACUCAGAGCUGGAGAGAAGCAGUUGGACGACCUCCAGACACAGAGAUCAGAUGUGGAGCUCCGACUGAGAUCCACUGAGACUCACCUGGAACAGCUGGAGGCUCACACUGCAGCUCUGGAGGUCACACUGAGAGUCAGAGAGGAGCAGCUGGAACAUCUGGACUCACACACCUCAGAUCAGAUUUCCUCCAUUGAAUCCAGACUGACAGAUGGACUCAACAGAACUGCAGAUCAGAUUUCCUCCAUUGAAUCCAGACUGACAGAUGGACUCAACAGAACUGCAGAUGUGGAGCUCCGACUGAGAUCCACUGAGACUCACCUGGAACAGCUGGAGGCUCACACUGCAGCUCUGGAGGUCACACUGAGAGUCAGAGAGGAGCAGCUGGAACACCUGGACUCACACACCUCAGAUCAGAUUUCCUCCAUUGAAUCCAGACUGACAGAUGGACUCAACAGAACUGCAGUUCAGAUUUCCUCCAUUGAAUCCAGACUGACAGAUGGACUCAACAGAACUGCAGAUGUGGAGCUCCGACUGAGAUCCACUGAGACUCACCUGGAACAGCUGGAGGCUCACACUGCAGCUCUGGAGGUCACACUGAGAGUCAGAGAGGAGCAGCUGGAACACCUGGACUCACACACCUCAGAUCAGAUUUCCUCCAUUGAAUCCAGACUGACAGAUGGACUCAACAGAACUGCAGAUGUGGAGCUCCGACUGAGAUCCACUGAGACUCACCUGGAACAGCUGGAGGCUCACACUGCAGCUCUGGAGGUCACACUGAGAGUCAGAGAGGAGCAGCUGGAACACCUGGACUCACACACCUCAGAUCAGAUUUCCUCCAUUGAAUCCAGACUGACAGAUGGACUCAACAGAACUGCAGAUCAGAUUUCCUCCAUUGAAUCCAGACUGACAGAUGGACUCAACAGAACUGCAGAUGUGGAGCUCCGACUGAGAUCCACUGAGACUCACCUGGAACAGCUGGAGGCUCACACUGCAGCUCUGGAGGUCACACUGAGAGUCAGAGAGGAGCAGCUGGAACACCUGGACUCACACACCUCAGAUCAGAUUUCCUCCAUUGAAUCCAGACUGACAGAUGGACUCAACAGAACUGCAGAUGUGGAGCUCCGACUGAGAUCCACUGAGACUCACCUGGAACAGCUGGAGGCUCACACUGCAGUUUUUACUCUCAGACUGAACGUGACCGAGCAGCUGCUGGACGAGCUGCAGACGGAGAGCGCAGUUAGGGCUGCAGAUCUGCGUUCUGUCUCAGACGGGCUGACGGAAGCUCAGGAAGAACUGCAGGUCCGGCUGGGCGCCGUCGCCGCUGCUGUGGAGGAGCUGAACACGGAGGGUGGAGAGGAGCUGAGGGUGGGCUUUUCCGCUGGUCUGACGGAUUCAGGGGUCGUCGGGCCUUUUGAUCAAGAGACGACGCUGGUCUUCUCCAAAACCAUCAUCAACGUCGGCCACGCCUACAACCAAUCCGCAGGUGUUUUCACGGCUCCUGUCGGAGGCGUUUACUUCUUCAGCUUCACGGCGGCAGACUACCUGAAGGGCUACAUGGGUCUGCACCUGUACAGGAACGAGCAGCCCGUCUUCUUCAGCCUGGAGCUGAACGACCACGGCGGCUACGCCUCCAGCUGCAGCUCGGUGGCGCUGCAGCUGGAGCGGGGUGACCGGGUCCGCCUCAGCCUGCCGGCCAGCUACCGGCUCUACGACGACUCGCGGAACUUCAGCGUCUUCUCGGGAUUCCUGCUGUUCCCACUGUGAUCCGACCCAAAGAGGGACUCCAAAACAAUGAAAUCAGCUCCCGAAGGAGGCGGGACUUCAUGAGAUUUACUGAUGCUGUGAAUAAAAAUCUGAGGAACGACACAGACGACGAGUCAAUGGAAAAGUUUUUACUAAAAGUGACAGAAAACAAACUAAUCUUUGAGUUUCAGUGUGAUCAAAGUUUCCUGAUUCAACAACAGGCUCCAAAAGUGUCAAACCGAGGUUAUCAAAAUGUGCGUUCAGGUCCAAAUGGAGGCUUCAAAAGAGCAGUUCCAGUAGCAUAACAACUCAUCCACACAAUAAAUACAAAGUGUUAUUAAAUCAUGCCGAACGUUUCAAGUGGAAGAAAAUCCUCAUCAGGUCAAGGAAUGAAGGUCGUUUGUUCACAAAGGUUCUCGUAUUGCUGUUUGCUCCGUAAAAAAGUCUAAGUUACUACGAUCCAACAACAACCAGAAGACUUAAGACUGAGGAGAAGGAAAUCGUCUUUAAGGGUCUGACAGCGAAAGGCUGCGAGUGUGAGUCAUUCAGCGGAUGGAGGUGAGGAUGGAGCUGGUGAGGGAGGAAUGAAGAGGAGAUCUGCAGGAGGUCAGCUUCAAAGUGAAUGAAAAACCAGACAGUGAAUAAAAAAAACCCUGAAAACAGUUUUAAACUCUAAAGUAAACAUUGUAAACUUAAAAAGAAAUAUUGAAAAUCAGGAAAAAAAA